UCUACGGUGUGCCGCAGGUCCAUAGCGUUAUCGCGCGCGCUCAAACCGCGGAUACGCCCGUCUCGAUGGUCAUCAACGCAGAUAUCGUGCUACUGAACGACGUCAUGGCUGCCAUGCGAAAAGUUCACGAAAGCUUUCGCCACUGGGUGGUAACCGCGGCGCGGUGGGACAUGCCCGAGGAUUUUCCGUACUCGUUCGAGCGGGAAAUGUGGGCGGGCCGCGGCCAUCGGGAACAUGAGGCGACAAUUCGCGAGUUCGUACGUACGCACGGCACGCUGCACACGUACGGCGGAGUCGACUUCUGGGCGUGGAACAACGACGACCGUACGCCGGUCCCGCUGGUGAAAGAAACCGUACCGCCGUUCUCGUACGGUCGCGGGAAGUACGACAACUGGCUGACGCAUGAGAUCAUCGCGUCGGGAUUGCGGGAGAUUGUCGACGCCAGCGAGGCCGUCACGGCCGUGCACGUGGCGCACUCCUAUUCGCACGUGGUGGAGUCGGCGUUCACGAAAAACGCGGCGGGAUUGGCGGGGAAGAGCUUCUGGAGCACGCGGGUGAACAGUAGCUGGGAGCUGUUCGCCAACAUUCACCUCGCGCACACGCACGGCACGUACGCCAAUCAGAAAGGGACACCUCUGCACGUGCCGGUCAAGCUGAUGAACUGCCUGGAAGCUUCGGCCAACUUCCUUUGCCUGCAGCGGCGCCUGCGCCCCGCGGUGUGUUCGUGCGAGUACUCCUCCUCAGUGGCCGCCUCUCAGACGGACCCCAAGCUGAGCGCCAAGCAGCAGCAGUGGACGUGCGGGUCUGUGGCCUCCACCAACGUCACCGACUACACCAUCAACCCCAUCCCCCACACAGCUAACUCCUCCAGCAGCAGCAGCAGCAGCAGCAGUGCAGGAACGGGGAAUCCAGCCAACUCCUCCUCCUCCUCCUCCCCCUCCUCCUCUCCUGUGGGCCUCCCCCACACCAUGGAGCAGCUGCUGCCAGUGUUAGCGCGCAGGGUACCGGACGGGCAGGGAGGGGAGCUACAGGUGGUGACGCUGGUGGCGGUGACGGCGGGGUAUGCAGAGAUGCUGAUGAGCUUUGUGUGCCGCCUGCGCUCCCUCGGCCUCGCCUCCAACCUCCUCGUCGCCGCCCUCGACGAGGACCUCUACCGCUUCGCCUUCACGCAGGGCCUGCCCGUGUACUACGAGCAGGCAAGCGAAGAGGUGAAGCACAUGAGAGCCAGUGAGUGUGGCUACGGCAGCCAGUGCUUCCGCCAUUUCACCAAGCUAAAGUCUCGCUCCGUGCUCAAAGUCCUCAAGGCCGGUUACUCAGUGCUCUGGACCGAUGUCGACAUCGUCUGGUUCACCGACCCUCUCCCGGACCUCCUCUCGUAUGGCUCGGGAACUCUCCCAAUCCAGAGCAACGAACCGGACGCGAACCUUCCAGGAACCGGUGUCCGGAGGAUCAACUCGGGGUUCUAUUUCGCCCGGGCAGACCAGAAAACAGUCGAGGCGUUCGAGGCGAUCACUGCGCAUGCAGCAGCGACAAAACUUUCGGAGCAGCCGAGUUUCUAUGAUGUUCUAUGUGGGGAGGCAGGGGAGCUUGUAGCUGCCGGAAGGGAGGAGUGCGUGUGGAAGAACGGGCUAAGAACCGUGUUUCUAGACAGAGCUCGAUACCCCAACGGUGCGGUACAUGGCUUGUGGGAGCAGAAGGAUGUGAGCCGGGCGUGUGCCAAGGUGGGAUGCUCCAUUCUGCAUAAUAACUGGAUUUCGGGGCGGGAGGAGAAGAUGAGGCGGUUUCUGAUGAACGACAUGUGGCAUUACGAUGCUGAACGGCACAUGUGCGUGUGGGAGUGGCAUGGGAAGGUGCCGCCGUUGGUGAGGCAUGGGGGGGAUGGGAUAGGCAGAGUUGAGACGAGCGAGGGAGCUGGUGGGGCGAUGCAGAGGAAGAGGGUCCGCAAGCAAGCUUCUGCAGCAGCACUGUAGGGUAUGGGUUGAGUUGGGUUGAUUUGACUUGCUUGCACAGUUAACCACGCAGUUCUAUGAAUAGCAGCACUUUUUCGGGGGGGCCUCCCCUCCUGUGAUUGAGUUGAGAUGCCUU